AUGCCUCUCAGCAGAGUGUCGCUUGGCCUUCUCGGCCUGUUCUUCAUGGCCAGCGCCAUCCUCCUGAUCUUCCUCACAUUGUUGGGUGGUGCUCGCAAUUCCACGCCUCUCAAUGAGAUUUGGUUCCUCCAGGCCGAUACAGGCAAUAUCCCGGGGGCACCCUCGGUCUCGCGCUGGACCUUCUGGACCGUGUGCAGUGUCGCGGCGAAUGGCAGGAGUGUUUGCGGUAGCUCGCACCCGGCCUUCCCCCUCGACCCUCCUCGCGCCAACAACUUUGGCACCACGGUCAAUGUGCCUCAUCAGUUCAUUAACACUAAUCACUACUACUUGACGACCCGGUUCAUGUUCGCAUUCAUCAUCAUUGGCUUGUUCUUCGCCGUGUGCUCUCUCUUCACUGGAUUCCUGGCCUUGUGCACUCGCAUUGGUAGCUACGUCUCCGCUUUCUUCGCCUGGCUCGCAUUGACCUUCCAGAUCAUCACCACCUGCCUCAUGACUGCUGUUUUCGUACAAGGCCGCCAUGCCUUCAGCAGCAACGGCCAAGUUUCCAAAAUUGGUGUCAAGGCCUUCGCCUUCAUGUGGACUGCCAGCGUGUGUCUGUUCUUUUCCUGUCUGCUUUACUGCCUCGGGGGUGCCGUCGGCCGCAAAGAACCCGGGUACAGUGGACGUAAGGAGCGUCGCCGUGGCUUCUUCAGCUCUGCUCGCUCAAACAGCGUGAAAGAACAGAAGAAGGAGCAGCAGGAGUCCAGCGCACAGCAGCACGCAUAA